CGCGGUGUCUGCUGGGAGUUGUAGUCCCUGCCGCCGUUGGGCGCUCGGGCCGUGCGGCGGAGGGCGGUGCCGCCGCCGGGGGAUGUGGCGAGCGUGACGCGAUUUUGUCCGCGUUGGAGCCGGGCGGCCGGGGCGAGCGUGACGUGGCAGAGAACGAGCGAGCGAGGUUUCCCGGUCACGCAGCAGCAGCUCCGCCGUCCUUGCUGCCUCCCGCGCCUUAUAAUUCGGCGCCGCCGGGCGAACGCCGCAGCUCGGCCGCCUCCUCGCUCGCGGAGGGAUCCGCCGCGCAGCCCGGCGCUCGCCGCACUUCUCCCGCUGCCUGCGCCGCCGCCCAGCGCCCGCCGGAGCCGCCAUGGGCCUCACCAUCUCCUCGCUCUUCUCACGCCUCUUCGGCAAGAAGCAGAUGCGCAUCCUCAUGGUUGGUUUGGAUGCUGCUGGUAAGACAACUAUUCUUUAUAAACUGAAACUAGGAGAAAUUGUCACCACAAUUCCUACUAUUGGUUUUAACGUGGAAACAGUAGAAUAUAAAAACAUUUGUUUCACAGUUUGGGAUGUUGGUGGUCAAGAUAAAAUUAGACCUCUUUGGAGGCAUUAUUUCCAGAACACGCAGGGCCUCAUUUUUGUGGUAGACAGCAAUGACAGAGAGAGAAUCCAGGAAGCCGCGGAAGAGCUGCAGAAGAUGCUCCAGGAGGAUGAGCUGCGAGAUGCGGUGCUGCUGCUGUUUGCCAACAAGCAGGACCUGCCCAAUGCCAUGGCAAUCAGUGAAAUGACAGAUAAACUAGGCCUUCAGUCUCUGCGUAACAGAACUUGGUACGUCCAGGCUACCUGUGCUACGCAAGGAACUGGUCUGUACGAGGGACUCGACUGGCUGUCAAACGAGCUCUCGAAACGUUAACUCCAACUGGAUGACUCUCACCAGGGACAUGUUUGAUAUAAGUGGUCUAGGCUUGUUACAACAAAAUUAGUUUGCAUCUUGGUUAUUACAGUAUCUGGAACUGGUAUUUGGGCAGGAUCUUACAGCGUUUCAACUUAUUUUGUUGCCAAUUAUUGUUUACCGAGCUACAUGUUGCAAAGGUAGCAAUAUGCUUGGGUAAAAAUCUCCUUAACUUGGAAAAAGUGUAUCUUCUGAUUUUAUUCCCUCGUUAGCCUAAAUGCCUGAAUAUAGUUAUUGUGACAUCUUUCCGAUCUGUUUUGAAUACUCUUUGAGCCCAAAUAAAUUAAUGUUUUAAAUUUUUUUCUCCCCGCUACUUUUAGUUUACUGACGCCCUGUUUCAUUCCUCGGACAGUCUGCUGAUUUAACAAAUGUAGCAUUCCGUAUGUAUUUAUUUCUCUCCCUUGCCAAAAAGAAUUCCUAGUACUGCUUGUUCCAGCCAAGGACAUGCUCUAAAACACUAUACGAAUCUACUGCACUGAGGAACAGUUCAUUAAACCUUGGGUUCUACCAGCCCAACUUGCCUUUGUGUGAAUUGGAUUUGAUGGGUAGAAUAGUUCUGUGCUGGUUGCGAAGAGCUCAUGUUGAGGUUGUUUUUAAUAUUCAGCAGAUUGUCUUCCUUUAUAUUGUAUCUCUUUUUUAUGUUGCAUGUUGCUUUUUGGUAUCAGCCUGACUAUUUUUGCCCAGUGUAUAAUAGUUCUGCUGAAGUUUUACUGUUUGUUGGUGAACAUAUCUUCAUAAAGAAAUUUUGGAAAAUUCAUCAAACUCAAUGGAUUAGUUUCUUCAUAACCCACUUGGAAUUAUUCCUAAUAAAAUGAUAAAAUGUA